AUGAAUGGCUCAGCUGCUUUGAUUUAAUAUUUAAACAUGAAAAUGUUCAGUUAAAUAAACUAAAAGCUCUAACUUUAUAAAAACAAGUAGAAUAUUUAAAAAAUAUAUGAAUUCCUAAGAACAGCUUCAUAUUCAUAAUCAUCAAUUUUAAUUUGA